AUGACAUUCAAACAGUAUUCAUCUAUAUCAUCUUCAUUAGAACAUAGCAAUGUCAAUACAAUUGUAAGAACAGAGUUGAAAAAAUCAUCUAAUUCAAAGACUUGUCGAAUAUGUGAUGACAAAGCACGUAUUGUUAAUUAUGGUGCACUUUCUUGUCAAUCAUGUAAAACAUUUUUUCGUCGUAAUGGAUUUCGUCCACAAGAUGUUCGUCCAUGUAUUUUCGAUGCAUGUUGUGAAAUUAACAUGCAAACACGACAUACAUGUGCUGCUUGUCGUCUUGCUAAAUGCCUUAUGAUGGGUAUGAGUCCAGAUUUCAUUCGUAAAGAAGAUCGCACAAUAUCAAAAGGCUCAUCAUCAUCAUCAUCAUCAUCAAAACCAAACAAUGCUGAACAAGUUGUAUCCAAACAAACAACAACUACAUUACAACUAGCAACAUUGGAUAUUCUUCAAGGUGAUCAAACUCAUCUUGACAAUUCUGAAUUGACAUUACUGUCGAAUAUUAUACAUGCUUAUGAUAAAUACAGCAUUGAUUCACAAGUACGUCUUGCUAUCGAUAGUCUAGCAGCGCAUCCUAUUGCAAUGCACAUUACUAUGAUAGAUCCACUUGAAAUUAUGCGACAAAUAUAUACAUCAACUCGAUCAUUUAUUAGUUCUUCACCUGAUUUUCAAAUAUUAACUGUUGAUGAACAAACUUCACUUGUCGAACGAAAUUUACAUGGUAUUAUCGGUUUAAGUGAACUGUUAUUCUUUCGUAAUACCGGUAUUCUUCACAAUCCUUCAUGUAUGGAAGCAUUUACAAUGGUUUAUGGAUCAGACAUGAUGUUAAUAACAAAAAAUUUGAAUGAAAGAUUAGAGCCUGAUUCAACACUUGUAAAACUGAUGCUCAUCACAUUAGCUUUCUCGUCGAAUUGUUUAAUUUUGAACAUAAAUGAGAAAAUGAAAGAUGAUCGUCUAUUAUAUGGAACAUUCCGUCUCUUAGGAAGUCAAAAUGUUUAUGCCGAACUUUUUUGGAAAUAUAUGAUUUAUCGAUGUGGUUAUAACGAAUCAGCAAUUCGAUUUUCCCGACUUAUACAAAUCUUUUUAUGUAUUCUAGCAAAUUUCUCAACUGUUUUUACAAACAAUGAAGCUCAUCAAAAAAUGGCUGAUGAUGCCAUCAGAGAAACAAAACAAUCACUCACUAUUGAUGCUAAUGAGCAAAUCCUAUUAUGGGGAAAGAUAUAA